AUGAGACUGGAGAAGAAGCAGCGAGAGGUGGAAAAGCUGAAGCAGAAGCAGGCAGACGGUGAGGAUUUGGACCCGCUGCAGCUGGAGAAGCUGCAGAAGGCCGGGGAGCUGGCGCACAAGCUCCAGGAGCUGCAGCUUCAGAAGGUCAUGCAGAGCAGGGACUUCGCCCAGGAGCGCGACGGCAGCCCCGAGCCGUGGGACGCGCAGGCGGCGCAGGCGGCGCACUCAGCGCAGGCCUCGCCUCUACCCGGCAGGACGCCCUUGCGCGCGCCUCGGGAGAGCUGGAGGCGGGCCUAUGUCUGCCAUGGGGGGGCCAAGAGCUCCAAUCUUCCAGCCCAGGGGCGAGGCAGCCUUCCAAGCCAUGCAACAAAUGCAACCCCCCAUGGAGAUGAUGAUGGAGGUCCCUGCACAGGCCGAGGAGAUGGCUGGGACAUGUGCUGGGAAUGGCUGCAGAAUGGCUAUUGUCCGAGAGGCGAGACCUGCAGGUGGAACCAUCCUCCGCUGCAGUUCGGGGAUGGCAGCAUCGCACUGUGGCCGGGCCAAGCGCAGGAGAUGGGAGCCGUCGGUGACAUGGUGGUGGCCAUGGCGGUUCCGGCCAGCGAUUUCGUGGGAGGCGCCUCCUUCAGCGGGCCUUAUGCUGGGGAUCAGCUCGGCUUCGUCCAAUCUUGUGGUGGCUGCGGAAGCUGCAGUGGCUGCGGCUGCGGCUGCGGGGGUUGUGGCUGCGGCAGCAUGGCAGAAGGCUGCAGCAUGCCUUGCAUGGCCUGUGCUGGACAGUGCGGCUGUAGCCCUUGCAAUGGCUGCGCCCCCUGCAACGGCAGCGGCCCGUGCGGGCCUUGCGGGCCUUGCGGUCCCUGCGGCCCCGGGCCUUGUGGUCCCUGCGGGUGCGGGCCUUGUGGUCCCUGCGGGCCCUGCCCCGGGCCUCCGAGCGGCUGUGGUCCAUGCGAUAGUCCAGGCGAGGGAGACAGCCCACAAGCCCGGUGA